CUCUUACUAGUGGAUUUACUCUUGAGCAACGCUAGAUCCAUGUAGGGAGGUCGGACAGAGGUGCAGUUGAGAGGAUCAGGAUGCGAGAUUGAGUCUUGGGCUUUUUCGUACAAACAGAGUUAUGGUGGGCAUGUCACUGCGUAGCGGCAUGCGCCUACCUGUGGGAGAGACUCCCCCGCUGGGGGAGGAGAACGUGUCACCAAACGAAGGAGGCGAAGAACAGCGAGGGGAAUCGUCCGAGGAUAAGCGCGAAUCUCCGCGCGAGAAGGCUGGCGAAGGAGCGCAAGAGGAGCCCGGGCACUUCAAACGAGACUGCCCCAAGUUGCAAUCCUGUACAUAUUGCCAGCGAAAGGGGCAUGCGGCCGACGACUGCUACACGAAGCAGAGAGAGGAACGGAGCCGUGGGGGCAGACGCAGUCGCAUAGAAGCACUGGAAGAAGAGCUCAGGAAGCUCAAGGGGGAGGCGGAGGGCAGCGAGGAAGAGGAGGACUAGGGAGCACUAAUGGCUUGAACAGACCAAGAGGAUAAGGGGGAGCUGCCAGAGCCCUUCUUCAUGGCCUCGGGGAGAGAUCGAGACCGAGAAGACCUGGGGCUGCGCAUCGGGGGCAGAGAUGGACGCCGAGAUAUGCAACAGGGGCACAGAGGGCCGAGGAUGGAGCCCUCCCCAGCGGUGCAGCGUGCAGCGGAAGCUGUAGCGGAGGCAGUGGCACGUGCAGGGGGCAGCCAUGGGCCACGCAUGCAUCCCUUUGAGCGUAUGGCGGCACGUCCGUGCGUGGUGGAAGCAGUGGAAGGGUCCGUGGAGGUAGAAGGAAAUUACCUAGGUACGACGAUCAUUGACAUGGGUGCCUCCCAGGUGCUGAUCGGUAGGCGACUGGCCGAGCAUUUGGGGCUCCACCAAGAGGAAAACGUGACACCUGAAGGGGUGAGGAUACCGACAGCAGAAAGGGGGGGUAGGCAAAUGCCUGCCAAGGACCUUGCGUUUGCAGGAGGUAGUGUUGGCUCCCGGGAAAGAGAACGAAGCGAGACUCAGGGUGCACUGCCUCAUCUCGGAUUCCGAUGAUUACAAUCUAUUGCUAGGUAUGGAGCUGUUGUAAAAAAUCGGGGCAGUCGUGGACACCUGGGCAGAGAAGGUCACGUACCAGCCAUGAUACUGGGAUGCAGACUUACGGCGAGAAGAGAGUACAGCGGCUGUAUUGCCCGCUCGGUUCCUGAGAGGGAGACCCGUGUACAGGGAGCCGUCCGCAGACCGGGUGCCUGAAAACCGAUUCAAGGAUGCUGGAGUGUACCUGGAGAAGAGCAGUGAGAGGCGGAGAUGGGAGGAAGCAGCCGGCCCGAGAGUGGAAGAGUGCCGUGAAGCAAAGGGCUUGACAGAGCCCACGUACGAUUUUGAGACGGACAUCUUGGAACCAGGCAGGCGGGCUGCUCCGGUAACCAUGCCCGACGCUCGAGUGUAGUACCCAUGCAAUGAAGUGGGGGCACCACGUCAGGCCUGGCCCACGCUGGUAGCGACCCCAGGCAGCUAUGCCUUCCGGAUGCAGGAUGGACAGCCAGGGCCCGGAAUGGUGCAGGUCCUGUCCACUGGAGAAUGGGAGGAACCCUUGGCAGUGGAGCGAGAGCGGGCAAUAGGGUACUUGAGAAAUGCAACCGCAGUAGAGGGAGUGACGGAAGCAGAGAGGUGGCGAGCUCUAGGGGGAGCGAUAGAUCAGCACACACUGGUAUGGUUGAUGUACCGGGCAGAGAAGCGAUAGGAGGCAAUGCACAAGCGGCUGCUGAUGAUUUGGAGGUGGAGGGAUAUAGAAGAAAUGCUAGAGGCAGACCCAGUUCAAGCCAUGGACAUAGCGAAGGCAUGGCGAAGGAUGAAAGUGGAGGCAAGGGAGGAAGGUAGGCGGGAUGAAGAGUGCUUGAAUAGCA